AAAAGAUUACAAGAAUUAAAAAAAAAUAUUGUUAUGAAAUGCAAAUUUUCAUAGAAAAUAAAAUGUGGUUUUUCCAUAAGCAACUGAAAAAAAUUGAUUUAUGUAUAUACCGUUCAAGUGCAAUAACAAGAUUGCGAACCCGAUUCCAUUAAAUAAAAUGUGCAGAAGUAAUAAAACUGAAAGUUCCACUUGAUGAAUCGAUAUGAAAAAUUGAACUUUCCCCCCAUUUCAAAAAAAUAAAAAAAAAAAGAAAAACAUUUUUCCCAAUUCUGGUUGAGCAAUAAAAUACUAAUCAUUUGAAAUAGUGAAUGUGGAUUAAAAACCCCCCCAAAAAAAACAAUAAAAAAUUCUAUAUUUGAAUCGACAGAAAGUUUAAUCUUUAUGGAACGGAUUUCUGCAUCGUUAUUCAAAACAAUUUACAUGAACAUUGAUAUUUGGUUUCAUUAUGAAUGAUUCGUGGUCACCAGAAGAAGGAGGUCCUGAUAUAUGGUGGCCACCUGUGUACAACACUACUCACUGGUUAAUUAAUAAUGAUUCUUAUGAUGAUCAAGAUAUCCUUUACGAUGUUCCUGCAGGAAUAAUUGUACUCUUGAGUAUAUGUUACGGAACUAUUUCCGUCUUAGCCGUUGUCGGCAACGCUCUUGUGAUGUGGAUCAUUGCAACUUCAAAGCGUAUGCAAAGUGUCACAAACUGCUUCAUUGCCAAUCUAGCAUUUGCUGACAUUGUCAUAGGACUGUUUGCAAUUCCCUUUCAAUUUCAAGCAGCUUUACUUCAACGAUGGAUUUUACCCCACUUUAUGUGCCCAUUUUGCCCUUUCGUACAAGCUUUGUGUGUAAAUGUAUCAGUAUUCACCCUUACAGCAAUUGCUGUUGACCGACAUCGAGCUAUACUAAAACCUUUAAGUGCAAGGCCGAGCAAACUGAAAGCUAAACUAAUCAUCGGAGGUAUUUGGCUGAUUAGUGCAGCUUUAGCAGUGCCAAUGGCAGUAGCUUUGAGGGUAAUUAUGAUUCCGGAAGGACCUCACGCGCCGCACAUAAAAAAGCCCUUUUGUCACAAUGAAAAUAUGUCUGAAAGCUCGAUGCUGACAUAUAGAGCUGUUUUAGGAUUUCUACAAUAUCUCACACCCCUAACAAUCAUAUCGUGCGUUUACGCCAGAAUGGCUUUAAGAUUAUGGGGCAGUCGAGCUCCUGGGAACGCACAAGACUCAAGAGAUGCCAAUUUAAUGAAGAAUAAGAAAAAGGUAAUCAAAAUGCUGGUUAUUGUCGUAGCAAUAUUUGCAAUUUGCUGGUUACCACUUCAAACGUACAACGUUCUUCAGUACACGUAUCCAGAAAUAAAUGAAUAUCGAUAUAUCAACAUAAUAUGGUUCUGCUGUGACUGGUUGGCAAUGUCCAAUAGCUGUUACAACCCGUUUAUCUAUGGGAUUUACAAUGAAAAAUUCAAAAGAGAAUUUCAACAAAGACGUCCGUGUAGAUCUCGAAAAUGGUCAUCGAGUCCACCAACGGACAGUUUAGAUAUGGAUAAAACGCAAAGUACCAGAGCGUCCAUCAGGUACAUUCUCAGAUAUGACUGGAGAAGACCAACAUCUAGCGGUUGUCCAGCAACGUCAUCUUUCUACAGAAGUGCAUCAAUAAGAGAAACAUCAAGACUAAUGGUAAACGGAAAUGAAAUACAGACGCGUUCUAUAAAUUCAAGUGGAUGUUCCACUCGCAAUGGACACGAUAACCAGUCUUCUAUUCCCAGGAGCGCAGAUAGAACAACGGAGUUGUAUGUUUUCUCAUCCGGAAGACACAAACACAGUCGUGAUCUUGCUAAUCAAGAACUUUGCUUAUAAUUUAAGUAAACACAUAACUGGAUAACUGGAUGUCAUUUUCCUGACCCAGUCUAAUAUAAGACAUAAAACUUUUUAUCAAAAACUUAGUGAAUUUUCGUUAGAGGAAAAAAG